UUCCCCAAAAAUACCCCUCCAAUCCACCAUUUUUUUUAUCUAAUAUGCUUCUUUAUUCAUUAAAAAUUUUAUUUUUAUAUUUUCGUUUUCUCCGUUUAUUUUUUAAUUUUUGGAUUUCAAUUUAUUUAAUUUUAAUUAAAAGAAUGACUGCAACAACAACAACAACUUCUUCAGACUUUUCCCCAAUAAUUUCACAAAAAUCAAGUUUUACUUCAGAACAGUCAAUGCCUAUAUUGAAUUUAGAAGCCAAAGAAUUAAUUACUAAAUCUGUUGUUGUUUAUUUGGAUAGGGCUGAGGUUAAGAGGAAAAUUGUUUUUCAGAGGCCCGAACAGAUUCAAUUGCCUUUUAAGAUGAUGAUUAGAAUUAAUAAUGUCUCUCCAAUGAUCGCGCGUGACUCAAUCCGCGUAGAUGGUCAAAGCGGUGUGCUAAUUUUGGAUGUUGAUUAUGUCGAAAUACCCCAAUUUUGUAAUAAUGAUGAUGGAAGUGAAAAUAUAUCUUUUCUUGAAAUGGAAACAACCGAUUUAGAGGGGAAUUGUGCUGCUUUAAACGAUCAAAUUGAUGUAUUACAGAAAAGGCUAGAUGUUCUAGAUGGUGUUGCUAAACAGAUAGGAAAGAAUGCCCUAGUUUCCACUGAUGCUGUUCAACAGAGACGUUGUGGAGUCCAAGCAGCUCAACAAAUACAAGACCAACAACAAAUAAAUGGGUGUAUUGAAGGUGGAGCACAACAAAAUGUUUCGAUGCAAUUUGCACCAACCAGCUUAUUUUUAUUAAAUGAGGAUUCAAUGAAGAAUUUGAGCUCAUUUCUUGAUUAUUAUGGUAAAACAGCUGGAGAAACGAGAAGCGAAUUGAGGCAAAAAGCAAAGGAAUUGGCCGAGUUAAAGGAAAGACUAGCAAAGUCUGAAUGGGAAUUGAACAAACAGAGAGGGAAAAUGGAAUAUGACAAAAAUAAAAGAAGCAUCAAUUUGCUCGUUGAAAUAUUGUCAAAUGAGGAGGAUUCUUCAAUUGACUCUUCUAUUGGGGAUGGACAAUGCGAACUUUUAUUGGUCUACCAAGUUUUUAGUUGUACAUGGAGGCCUUCGUAUUCGUUGAGAGCUUCGAGUUCUGGUGUCUUAAACAGCCGUUACUUGUCGAAAAGAAAAAUGUCUCGUUCUUCAUUGAAAAUUAAGGCUGGAACUAGCAACGAAAAUUUACCUGAAGAAAGGGAAGACGAGGAAGAGGAAAAUGAAGAAAAACGAGUAAAGGAAGAGGAAGAAAUUAAAAAGAAAGAAGAGAAACUUUUAAAAGAGAAAAAGGAACGAAGGGAGGAAGAUUGUUCUGAAGCUAUUCUUCUUUCCUUCCAUGGAAUGGUUGAGCAAAAUACUGACGAGGCAAAUUUUUAA